GUUUUCUUAUUAUAAAAUAUAUAUGAAAAUACAAUUUCAAUAGAUUAAGUUUAUGAAAAUUUCUCAGAUUAAUAUCAUGUAGUUGUUAAAUAUAAGAAAAUACUUAUCCUAGGAAGAGCUUAAGUAUAUAAUAAUUAAUAAUCUCGGUGAGUUCUAACUAAUAUGUCGUGAAAAUAGGGGCAGAGUGAAGACAAAGGAGAGGAAAUGCCAUGAAAUGAAACAAAGGACAUUUAAGACAAUUCAUAAAAAUCCCGCGUCAACCCUGGCGACUGGUCCAUAAAACGCUGCUUAAAUUGUUCAAUAACAGAGGCGAAGUGGUUGUGAAACCCUCAAGAGCCUUCCUUUUAUGCUCCCUUGCUUUCUCCUUUUUAUUUCAAUCCUUGACACGCCCUCUUCAUUUCUCCUCUGCUAAAACCCUCUUCUCUCCUCUUUCCGCCUCACUAAACACUCUCUCACUCAGCUAUUUCUCAGCUCUAUGGAAUCAGACCCACGGAAUCCCAACAACAAUGAAUACUCCAGCAGAGGCUAUGCUUUAAGCGGUAGGAUAAUGCUAAGCGCGAUUGUCAUCCUCUUCUUUGUGGUCAUUUUGAUGGUUUGCCUCCAUCUCUACGCCCGCUGGUACCUGUUCCAUGCUCGCCGCCGCCAAAUUCGCCGCGCCCGAACUCGCCGCACUAAUCUCGUCUUUUAUGUCGACCCCUCCAACCCCACUGCCACUCACGUCACCCAACCCUCCCGCGGCCUGGAUGGCGCAGUCCUAAAAUCGCUACCCGUAUUCGUUUAUUCAUCCAAGACGCACCCGGAUUCGAUAGAGUGUGCCGUUUGCCUAUCCGAAUUCGAAGAGAACGAAAAGGGUCGGACCCUACCCAAAUGCAACCAUAACUUCCACAUCGAGUGCAUCGACAUGUGGUUCCAUUCUCACUCCACUUGCCCUCUUUGCCGCUCCCCCGUUGAACCCGUACCCGAAAAGCCUGCCCAGGUAGAUUCAUCGUCGGAGAUUAUUGAAAUCGGUUCCAGCACCGGUUUGUGUUCCACUUGUCAGCACGAGGAAGAAAACGUGGGUGCAUCUACUUCAUCCUUUAUGGGUCGAAGAAAACCAGCGGAGCUGGUUGGCGUGACGAUAGAAGUACCUAGAAGAAAUGGGAAUUUCGAGAACGAGUCGGGAACCGAUUCACCGGUGUACAGAUCGCCAAUGAGUCGUAUGUUGUCUUUUACGAGGAUACUGAGCAGAGAAAGAAGAGGAAAUCUGUCUCCUUGUGCAGGAAACCCAACGAGUUGGGGUGGGUCAGUGAGCGAGUCAGACCUGGAGAGAGGAAGAGAUGAGAUUCAGCAGACUCAGGAUAAAAUGGGUUGUAACUCGGUGGCAUGAGUCGAGUGGGACGUGGCAAUCAAGUUAUAAGGCGUUCAUUAAGAAACAUUCUAGCACAGUCAGAAGUACGUAGGACUAGAGAGGACACGCCGCCGUGAGUUGCAGUGUUUGACUUUGACCUGUAUAUAAUUAAAUUCCCCAUUUAAUUGAUUUAAUUUUUUUUUCUUUUA